AUGGCAGUUUCUAGUGAUUCAAUGCUUCAAAAGAUCUUUGCAAAGAGUCCAACUUUUGAUUCAAACAAAAGGGUUUUUGGAAAACCAGUGAGUAUUUCUGGUGGGUUAAUUUCUUGCAAUGUAAGGAAACGGAGAAGUAAUGGCAAGAUUGCAGUAAAAGCAGUGGCAGAAGCUGGUGUUAAGUGUUUGAAGAAUUAUGAGGUGAAUUUGGAUCUCGGGUUUGAUGUGGUGGCUGAGAGAGAGUUGAGAGAAAAAGGGUUCUUGGGGAUGAGGAAGACAAAGCUAGUGUGCACUAUAGGGCCUGCUUGUUCUUCUAUGGAGGAUUUGGAGAGAUUGGCAAUGGGAGGGAUGAAUGUGGCCAGGCUUAAUAUGUGUCAUAACACAAGAGAGUGGCAUCGUGAUGUUAUUAGAAAAAUCAAGAAGUUGAAUGAGGAGAAAGGGUUUUCUGUUUCGGUUAUGAUUGAUACUGAAGGUAGCCUAAUUCAUGUUGUGGAUCAUGGAGCUCCUUCCUCUCUCAAAGCAGAGGAAGGUUCGGUUUGGGUAUUUACAUCUGAAAAAUUUGACGGUUCUCGUCCAUUCACUGUGCAAGCCAACUAUGAAGGCUUCUCUGAAGGCAUCAUGAUGGGCGAUGAACUGGUUAUUGACGGUGGAAUGGCAAGGUUUGAAGUUGUUGAAAAGAUGGGGAAUGAUUUGCGUUGCAAGUGUACAGAUCCUGGUCUAUUCCUACCUAGAGCCAAAUUAAGCUUCUGGAGAGAUGGGAAGCUUUCCUAUCACGGCCUUCCAACUCUAUCAACAAAGGAUUGGGCAGAUGUUGAUUUUGGAAUUUCUGAAGGUGUUGAUUUUAUUGCCAUGUCAUUUGUAAAUGAUGCUGAUUCUAUCAAGGAUCUGAAGAAUCAUCUCUCCGCCAAAUCAUCCAAAUCAAUAAGAGUACUGGCAAAAAUUGAGACCUUGGAAUCUCUUCAGAAGUUGGAAGAAAUUGUGGAGGCAUCUGAUGGAAUCAUGGUGGCUCGUGGUGACCUAGGAGUUGAAGUUCCACUUGAACAGAUUCCAACAGUCCAGGAAUACGUUACUCGUUUAUGCAGGCAGCUGAACAAGCCAGUAAUUAUUGCUUCUCAACUUCUUGAAUCAAUGGUUGAAUAUCCAACUCCAACACGUGCUGAGGUGGCAGAUGUUUCUGAAGCUGUUCGACAGUAUACAGAUGCACUGAUGUUGUCUGGUGAAUCAGCUAUUGGAUUAAAUGGGCAGAAGGCUCUUUUUGUCUUGCAGAUGGCUAGCAGUCGAAUGGAACUAUGGAGUCGUGAAGAAAACCAACAAUGUGCUCUUCAUAACCGUCAGCUGGGAGAUUCAUUGUCUGAUUGCAUCGCUGAAGAAAUAUGCAAUUGUGCUGUUCAAAUGGCUAACAACCUUGGUGUAGAUGCUAUCUUUGUGUACACAAAGCAUGGUGAAAUGGCAUCACUUCUAUCUCGCAAUCGGCCCUACCCUCCCAUAUUUGCGUUUACCAGUGACAGUAAUGCUCGGAUGACUUUGAAUUUGCAGUGGGGAGUUAUCCCACUUCUUGUUGAUUUAUCAGACGAUAUGGAAGCCAACAUCUCAAAAACCGUUGAUCUGAUGAGAACAAAGGGGGUGUUAAAAGACGGAGAUACUGUCCUGGUGGUCUCAGAUUUAACUCCAACACAUGCAAGUUCGACGACUUUCCAAUCAAUCCAGGUGAAGACCAUUGUUUAG